AAACGCACAACUCAUGCACCGUCCUCCCCAAGCAACCCCUCUCUUCUCCUCUCCAUGGAGGAGAUCAGGAGGAAGACAACGAGAAGAAAUAUUCUUCCUCCUCUUCUUCUUCCUCUUCCCUCUCAGCUCGGCUCUCUAGCUAGCUAGCUUUGCAUGCAUGCGCCCGCCAUUGAUCGUCAAAGCUUAUAUAUAUAUAUAUAUACCCCACGCAGGCUCUUCCGGCAAGACAAGGAUCGAUCAUCCAUUCUCCCGUCCAUCAUUCCUCUCCUCCAUUGAUCCAUUGCUUCAAGCAAGAAACAAGCAAGCAAGCAGAGCUCGGCCUCCAAGCAAGAACCAAAGCCCACCACCAAUGGCGACCACCAAGAAGAGGGAGAUGGUGUUCUUCGACGUGGAGGCGGCGCAGCCCCCGUCGUGCCCGUCCGGCGAGUGCCGCCUGGUCGAGUUCGCCGCGAUCCUCGUCUGCCCGCGCCGGCUCGUCGAGGUCUCCAGCUACUCCACCCUCAUCCGCCAGGACCACCCCGACGCCGACGAGAACAGCAGCGUCCUCCUCUCCGCCGCCUCCGCCGCGCCCGCGUUCGAGGACGUGUUCCCGGACAUCUUCGAGCUGCUGGACGGCCGCGUGUGGGCGGGCCACGGCAUCCGGCGCUCCGGCUGCGCGCGCGUGCGCGGGGCCUUCGCCGCCUUCGGCCUGCCCGCGCCGGAGCCCGUCGGCGUCGUCGACUCGCUCGACGUGCUCGUCGCGCAGGGCUGCUUCGGCCAGGACGAGGAGGCGGCGGCUCUGGCGGAGCACUUCGGGGUCGGCGUGCGGCGGGCGCGGGGGCUCCGGUGCCUGGACGCCGCGCGCCUGAGCCUCGAUGUGCUCAAGCACUGCGCCGGCGUGCUGCUGAUCGAGUCCAGCCUCCGCGGCGACGUGCCCGCCGGCGCCAGCCACAGGAGCAAGCCGGCGACGUCCAAGCCUAACAGCGACAGCAACAACAACAACACGCUGGAGAAGGCGUUUGCCCGCGCGGCGGCGAUGUCGACGACGCCGGCGAAGGCGGCCACCGCUCCUCCUCCUCCGUCUCCUGCUGCUGCUGCUUCACCGGCGGCUGUUCAGAGGGUGAAGACGUCGUGCAAGAGGGACAGCACGGGGAAGGUGGUGGUGGCGAAGAAGGGCGCGACGGCGGCGACCGUGACCACGACGACGGCAAGCGGCGGUCGCCGGGUGCGUGCGCCGGCGCCGCCGUUCAGCAUGAUCCUCAGGCACUCAAGGGCCGUCAUCAGAUGAGAUGAUGGAUGAUGAUCACUGCACAGCUUAAUUGUAGUUCUGAUCAAUUCAUAAUUGCAUCCCUUCAUUCAUUCAUUUGUAAAUUGUUGUAAAUACAGACAACCUAGGCUUGAUAACUGUGUCCAUACUCCAUAGUUAACUCAGGUUUAGUUUGACAGCAGUGUUGUUUGUUGUAAUAAUCAUCAUCAUCAAGAUGUUGUGAAAACACAAUUCAUUUCAUUUA